UCAUUCGAAAACUGGGUUCAUGUUCGUUGAAUGCUUGUGUACCCUAAACCAGGUUUUAGGGUUUAGGAUAAUUGUUUCGUUUAACAGCGUUCUGUGCUGCCAUCUUUGAGAAUCACUUCCACAUUGAUCGACAACAAGAAACUAUUUUACCGUUAUUGGUAGCAUGUUGCACCACCUAUCACCUCGUUUCCAUCUAUCGUAUUAAUUUCCUGGUCAUGUGAUUUUUCGGGACAAUCUCAUAAAGUUCAACGAGACAGAUUCUCAACCACAUGCCAAUCCUAUUCUUGCGGUGUUUUCUCAAACAUGGGUGAGGUUUCUUCUUCCGUGUCAUGUAGAUGUGCAAAAUAUGCUUCCACAACGUCACACAGGAAUUCACAGGAGGGAGGUGGAACAAUUUUCAAGGGGUCACGUCAGCACCGCGCAUGGCUCUUUAAUCGAGCUUAUGAUAUUCUUUUCCAGGUCUGCAAAUGAAAGGUUGACACGUGAUACCGAAUCUGGGCGGUCGGUCCGUCCUCUUUCCGUGGAGGUCUGCUUCGUCGAAGGCAGAUUUUAGGGUUUGCUAGGGUUGGAACACGAGGUCGACAGACAUUGCGUUCCUGGAUUGUUUCACCAGAUUUCUAAUCGGGCUUGCCAAACUGUGAAUAUGCCUAACAUAGCCAGAAACUCAGUGACAUCAUCCCGCAUUCGUCGGGUUUGGGAGUAGGACAGGGUGGAAGGCCUGAGACUCGAGUACUGGGUAGGCAAACAUGGGAUGGGGCUGAUGAUUGACGUUGGAAUGUUGGUCUGGCCAUGGUGGUACAUUAGAGCGGUGGAGUUGGUGGAUUCGGAGUGAGGAAUAUUUGAGGCGGUUCGAAGUUUAAGACUUGAGAGCUUCGGGUUCAGCGGAUGUUAUCGAAAAUUGGUAUUAGGCGAGUCUAAGUUCUAUGAGGAAGCUAAGUUUUAAAGGUUGAGUGCUGGAUUGGGAGUUAAGAUUUUACGUUAAUUUGCGUGAAGUUGUGGGAAUUGGUAAUAAUUCCGAGUUUGUAGUUGAAGGAAUUUGACGUGGUUUGUGCUGGGAGGGUGUGGACUGUGGUUGAUCGGUGUUGGGAGUUUAGGGUUGGAUUUAAUUUAACGGUGAAGUGAACGUUUGCAUUGUAUUAGAGGCGUCUCUUGAUGUCGUACUGUCGAAGUAAUCGGCACCGACUUGUUUUCAUGGCUUUGCAGCGUUGAUUUGGUUCCCUAGGGUAGAUUGUUACAGGACGGACUAUCCGGGGACUGAAGGUGUCGUUGUAGUGUGUAAGGUUAGAUUGUAAGAUUUGCGGCUGAAGCGUAAACUGGCAUUGAUGAGGCUGUUAGUUGAGUGCAAGUUUUAGUCACGAACAUGGUUUUCCAAAUACCCAUCAGUGAAGUGGGUGAGAGACUCUGAAUCUGCGAUGCUUGAGGGGUGUUGCACGGUGUUCUGAGCGGAGAGGAUAGACACAUCAUGAGUCUCACUUGUAAAAUAUGCUUCGAAAGCGCCUCUGGACAAGGCAAGCAAGCUAGAAUUACAUCCUGCGGCCAUGUGUUCUGUCACGAUUGUGCAACUAUCUGGUUUCGUACGGAAACGAAUUGUCCAGUCUGUCGGAACCCGGUAGCAGGAUUUUCUAGGUUGAUUGCACUAUUCGACCAUGAUGCCGGAUUGCAAUCGCCUUCUCUUGGAUUCGACGAUGAAAUCUGCGAAAACCGAGGGGAAAUUGUAGGGACUUCAGGAUGUGAGGAUGGGCAGGUGCGCGAUAGUCCGAACGGGGCAAAAUCUAGUGGGGUUGGGACCAGUGGAUCAGGAGAAAGUGGAGCAAUUCAGAUUGCGGGAGGGGAACCAAGCUCCACAGGUAGGAGCAGUGCAGAGGGAGCUGGGGCAAGUGCAGAUCGAAGUCGUGUAGCUGACUGCUUGCAGCGGAGAAAUUGCGACAACGAAGAUGUGCAGGUAAAGUUUGUGUUGAGUAAAGUUGCUGAGAGAUGGCAACAGGUUAUGGUAGAGCGAGCAAGGCUUAGGGUCCAAGUGGCAGCGCUUGAGAAAAUUAAGCAAGAACUAUCAACAAGAGUUCAAGCCUUGACUGACGAGAAUGAAGCAAUGAAACAAGCGAUGAGUAUGGGAUUUCGACCACGAGGAGGUGCAUCUAAUUUUCGUUGGGACCUUGACUACGACGCUCAGGAUAGCAGCUACUAUUCAGACAGUCGCCUUCAGGGGUUAGACAGAGAAAGUGAGAUGAAUGCCAUGGGUAGUUAUCUUACCAGUCUGAACAUAUCACAGAUUGGCUAUAAUGAUACAGGAUACCCUCCGGUCAGAGGCUGGUCGAGAGCUCCAGCAAAAGUUGAGGAGCGACUCAGUGCUUCUAAAUGGGAACUUGCCCACACAUUCACUAAGCAUAUGGGUCCUGUGCAUGGAAUUGCAGUUAAUCCAUCAGGGAACCUUGUGGCCACUGCUUCUUGGGACCACUUAUGUCGUGUAUACGAUGUACACCUCGAAGACGAAGUCGCCGUACUUUCCGGUCAUAUGCUGGGUCUUUAUGCUGUGAAGUUCUCUCCAGCUAAGCGAGAUCUUGUUGGGACUGUUAGCUCUGAUCAGACUUGUCGCCUGUGGAACACAGAUACUGGAGAAUGCCUCCGUGUACUCGAAGGCCACACUGAUGAGGUUAAUGGAUUGUCUUUCAAGCCAGGUACGCAUCUUCUGGCAACAGCGUCAGACGAUGCUACGAGCAUGAUUUGGGAUGCUGAAAAAGGGAUCCCAAUCACUACUCUGAAUGGUCAUCGGCAUGGGGUUUAUGGUGUUUGCUUCCAGCCCGGUGGAGGUCAUUUAGUGGCUACAGCGUCUUUUGACUUCACCGCUAAACUCUGGGACCCCCGGUCUGGUGAAGACGUCCAAACUCUUCGCGGUCACUUAGAAGAUGUUAUAGGUGUAGAUAUUGAUGACUCAGGAACGUAUUUAGCGACAGGGAGCGAUGACAAAACUUGUCGAGUUUGGGACUUGCGCAUGGGCCAUCCAAUAGUUGUGCUGAAGGCACAUUCAGGUGAAGUGAAACGUGUUGUGUUUUCACCGUAUGGCAAGCUGCUGGCUACAACGUCGGGAGAUACCACGGUCCGACUUUUUGACACCACUACUUGGGAUUGUGCUCAGAUACUCAGCUCACACUCGGAUCAUGUGUUCGACGUGGCAUGGUCGCCCACGGCAGACUUCCUCGUAACUGCAAGCCAUGACAGGCUUUGGAAGCUAUGGCAGCCCAGAGUUCCCUCGCUCCGCAAUUCUGGCUUUACCGCUAAUAAUCAUCAGCGGUACCCAGCUUCACAAGUUAACUCUGACGUGAUGAGAGUGGAGCGUAUGGCCAUGGCUUAGGUCAACUAGCUACGAUCCUCAUUGAGUUUCAUCAUUUAGGUUACGCAAGGUUGUAUAAGAAUCUGCCCUGUCUUAAAAGCAGUUUAGGAUGACUAGUUAUACGUUCAGGAGCCACUUGUGUUCUGCGAAGAUAGGACACAUAAAUAGUGUUGUAGAUUAAGUACAUUAGAACGAACUUCAAGUGGAGGACGAAGGACGAGUCAGUCAGCCACGGGCAUGAGCCAAGGCUGGGAGUGGUGGUUGUGGUUCUAGAGCUUUACAGCUCUCCUGAACCGGUAAGGUUUCGCAUUGUUUAUUCAAAAUGGUGACUGAACUUCUUUCUUAAGUUUA